AUGGAAAAUUGUUUCUUCACCGUUAGUUCGUCCCCAUAUUUUCUUACUCUGUUCAUAUCUAUCUAUCUUUAUUUUCUUCUUUUUUUUUUUACACGACUCAGAAAAGUUAUAGUCUAUGACGACGCGACACGAUACAAGAGAUUAUUCAUUGAAAAUUUUUCACAUCGCCUCGACGAAAGACUUUCUCUUGUUUUAAUAAAAUCUAUCUAUCUAUCUAUCUAUCUAUCUAUCUAUCUAUCUAUCUAUCUAUCUAUGGCAUAUCCUUUAAGACGCUUCUUCGUUGUUUUCUUCUGUUGUCUGCUUAAGACCAUUUGGCAGAUGCCCGUUUCACUUGUUCACAAGCAACGUGUUUACUCUAGAAACUUGCAAAACAUUCUUUUCCUUGUGUUUCUUCUUCACAUGAACGAGCUGUUCGUUACCGCUGCGUUUACUUGUACAAGUUUAUUUUCUUUCUUUCUUUGUUUCCAAAUCGGAGAAACCCUCUCAAUCAAUUUCUUCCUUGCUUUAUCUCGACCAUUCUCCUUCCUCUCCGACGGCUUACCUACGUCGUCCACAGAACCAACCACCCUAGGCUCCCCUCGUCCGAUGAUGGCUCGCCACGUGCGCUCAAUUAGCACCGAAGCACUUAUCUAUCUAUCUAUCUAUCUAUCUAUCUAUCUAUCUAUCUAUCUAUCUAUCUAUUCUAAACGUUCGUCAUAA